UAUCAUUAGUUUAAAGUAGUGAUGAAUGAAGGUGUAUGUACGAAUGAAACUGAAAUUUGCAUGAAAUUAAGGUUAAGUGGACCUAAUGUUUAUCCAAACAAAAAACCAACGUAAAGCCAACCGAGCAGUAGUGAUUAGUGUAACGUUCAAAGAGAAGCGUGUCGCAUCCUUCUCAAGAAAUGGUCAUUUUUUUUGCUUCUCUGCCUCUUACAAGUUACAAUAAAAAGCCAUUUCCCUUUCACUUCUGCAACGUCCUCUUUCUCUCUCCAAUUUUGUCUUUAUAAUAACUCCUUUUUCUUUUUCUUACAAUUUCCUUUCUUUUUUUUUUUCUUUUUUUUUUGGGGGGGGUGGGGGGACUUUCCUUCACUUUCCAGAGAAAACAUAACAGAUAUCCAGAAAGAAAAAUGCUGUCUGGACUAAAUGGCACCGUUUGGAUUGAAGAUAAUAGAGAACAGCGAGACUCGACCACGAACAACAACAGCAGCAACAUUAACAAUAGCUGCUGUGGUGUUAUAGAGAGCAACAAAGAAGAUAUGGCUUCUCUUUCCACAUUCAAGUCUAUGCUCGAAGUAGAAGAUGACUGGUAUGUUGCAAAUACUACUAGUAUCCAUAGUCAUCAAGAUAGUAUCAGAGACAUUACAUUCUCACCGAAUCUUGGUGACCCAGAUAAUCUUUUGCUUCACUCUGUUGACUCCUCUUCUUCUUGUUCACCUAACUCUUCUGUUUUCAACAAUCUCGACCCAUCUCACGUUCACUACUUUAUGCACCCAAAACCCACUCUAUCUUCACUUCUUAAUGUAGUUCCUAGUAACAUCCCUUUAGACCAUGGCUUUGAUUUGGGUGAAAUUGGGUUUCUUGAGAACCACACAGCAGCAAAUGCAACAACAACAAAUGUGUCAUCUAUGAUGAAUAGAGGAGGUGGGAUUUUAGGCAACUUCACUGAUUUGAACUCAAAUAAUCAGAUUAGCACUUCUAAUUUCUGUUCUGAUCCACCCUUUUCUACCACCAGCAUGCUUCAAUUGCCAGAAAAUGCUUCGGGGUUUACAGGGUUUAGGGGUUUUAAUGAGAGUUCAGGGAAUUCACUGUUUUUAAAUAGGUCUAAGAUGUUGAGGCCUCUUGAAACUUUCCCUUCAAUGGGUGCACAGCCUACUUUGUUUCAAAAGAGAGCCGCUUUGAGAAAGAACUUAGGUGAUAAUGGUGGAAAUUUGGGGUCUUUGACUGGAAUUGAGAUAGAUAAAGGAAAGAGAGAAUUGACUCUGAUGGGUGAAGAGAAUGAGAAGAAAAGAAAAUUGGGCAAUGUAAUAGAUGAUACUUUUGAGGAUGUAAGCAUUGAUGGUUCAGGUUUGAAUUAUGAUUCUGAUGAGUUCACUGAGAAUACUAAGAUAGAGGAGAUUGGUAAAAAUGGUGGGAAUAGCUCAAAUGCGAAUAGCGAUAUCACUGGUUGUGGUGGUGGUGAUCAGAAAGGGAAGAAGAAGGGGCUUCCUGCUAAGAAUCUGAUGGCAGAAAGGAGGCGCCGGAAGAAGCUUAAUGAUAGGUUAUACAUGUUAAGGUCUGUUGUACCAAAAAUAAGCAAGAUGGAUAGGGCAUCAAUCCUUGGAGAUGCAAUCGAAUACUUGAAAGAGCUUCUGCAAAGGAUCAAUGACCUCCAUAAUGAAUUGGAGUCAACUCCUCCUGGCUCUUCAAUGACACCCACCACAAGCUUUCAUCCUUUGACACCCACUCCAUCAGCCCUGCCCAGCCGUAUCAAGGAUAAGCUUUGCCCCAGCCCAUUGCCAAGUCCAAAUGGUCAACCAGCAAGGGUUGAAGUCAGAUUGAGAGAAGGAAGAGCUGUAAACAUCCAUAUGUUUUGUGGUCGCAGACCGGGCCUCCUGCUCUCCAUCAUGAGGGCUUUGGAUAACCUCGGCCUGGAUAUUCAGCAAGCUGUCAUCAGUUGUUUCAAUGGUUUUGCCAUGGAUAUCUUUCGAGCUGAGCAAUGCAAAGAAGGACAGGAUGUGCAUCCCGAGCAAAUAAAAGCAGUACUUUUGGAUUCAGCCGGCUACCAUGGCAUGAUGUAACAGUCAUCACCUAUUUCAGUUGUCUAUGGACAGAAAUUUUCAGGCAUGCCAAGAGGUGUUCUAUUAUACCAACUAAUUAUAGUAGUUUUAGUAAUUCGCCAACAAUAGUUCUUUGGAAAAGAAUUAGAAAUCUGUAAUUUUCUGUGUGUUUUAACGUUUCAAAUGAAAAGCCUUUGCAGAAGUCAGGUGGCGCCAGAAUAUCUGUAUAACUUGAAAUACUAGUAUACUACAACUGCAACACACAGGGUGGGGGAGAGAUCUAGCAUAGUUGAAAGAAAUUAACUCAGGAUUAUAACGCAGUAUCAGGCAUCCAUUUGGCAUUGUGAUGAA